CCAUACUAGUCCCUUUAACUAUAUAGCUAUCCGCAAAACCCUAGAAGCCAAAGAAGCCGAGAGAUGGAAAGAUCGAGCGGCAGGCGGGAUUCCGAUCGAGAUAGGGAUUCAUCCAAGCAUCACCACCACCAUCGAUCCAAACACUCCGACGGCCAUCGUCGGUCGGAACGCGAGAGAUCUGAAGACGGCGAUAAAUCACACGACAAGGAAUCGAGAGAAGAUAAAAUCAAAAGAGGGCAUCAUUCUCAUACUAAUAAUAAUAAAAGGAAGGAGAGAGAUAGGGAUAGGGAUAGCGAAGAAGAAGAAGAUGAGAAAGAAAAGUAUUAUGAGAAAAGAGCUAGGGUUUCUGAUGAACGAAAAGAGAGAAGAAGGUUUGAAGAUAAAAUGGCUGCUGCUGAAGAUGAAUUAGAUAGAAUUCAAAGGAAAGAGAAAGCUCACAUUCAUGAUAAUACACCCUUGAAAACUGAUGUGGGUUCCAAUGCCAAUGGUGGAACAAAAGAAUUACACAGUAAGGCAAUUGGAACCCCACGUGACACCCCUAUGGCACCCAGCCAUCCUCUCCCUAAGGUAUCUUCGAUUUCUACCAAACAUGAAAAUGAAGGAGUUAAUAGUAACAGAUCUCAUGAGGUUCCUGGGAAAUCCAGUACAGAUGGAAGUUCUGCAGAUGCUGGCAAGAGUGGUGGUAUCUCACUCGAUGCAUUAUCUAAGGCUAAAGCAACUUUACUCAGGCAAAAGGAGCUUGCGGAAAAGAUGAAGAAGAUCUCUGUGUUAAACAAAGGUGCCAACUCAAGCAUAGAUAGAAGUGGUCAGGUGGCUUCAAAUAACGUGCCAAAAGCUCCAUCUAGUGCAGGGGUACCUGUAACUGCUACUGGUGCCACUACAUCCAUGCAGUCACAUGGUAGUAGUGUGCCCCAACUUGCAGGACUUACUGGUCCUAAGGUCGAAGCUGUAAAACGUGCACAAGAGCUUGCUGCCAAGAUGGGCUUUAGACAGGACCCAGAGUUUGCUCCACUUAUAAACAUGUUCCCUGGACAGUUGCCACCAGAUGUCACUCUUCAACCCAAGCCUGCUAAGACGCUUGUUCUUCGUCUGGAUGCGUUGGGAAGGGAAGUGGAUGAACAUGGGAACGUGGUGAAUAUAGCAAAGCCGAACAGUCUCAGCACUCUUAAGGUUAAUAUUAAUAAGCAGAAAAAAGAUGCAUUUCAGAUUCUCAAACCUGAAUUGGAAGUGGACCCAGAUAAAAAUCCUUACUUUGAUCCUAGAAUGGGAAUUGAUAAAGUCAAGCUAUUAAGGCCUAAAAAGAUGACCUUUCAGUUUGUAGAGGAAGGUAAAUGGGCUAAGGAGGCAGAGAUCAUCAAGUUAAAGAGUCAAUUUGGAGAAGCACAGGCUAGAGAGUUUAGAGCAAAGCAAGCACAGCUUGCUAAGGCCAAGGCUGAACCUGAUAUUAAUCCAAAUCUCAUUGAAGUGUCUGAGAGAAUUAUUACUAAAGAGAAGCUGAAGGACCCUAUUCCUGAUGUUGAGUGGUGGGAUGUGCCACUUCUGGAUGCUGGUACUUAUGGAAACAUCACCGAAGGUGGGGUAGCAGAAGAUGUGCUAAAGAAAGAAAAGAUCACUUUAUACGUGGAACACCCCCGUCCUAUCGAACCACCAGCUGAGCCUGCCUUACCACCGCCUCAACCCUUAAAACUCACGCAAAAAGAACGCAAAAAGCUUCGUACUCAGAGACGUUUAGCUACUGAGAAAAACCGUCAAGAAAUGAUCAGACAAGGUCUUUUAGAACCUCCUAAGCCGAAAGUCAAAAUGAGCAAUUUGAUGAAAGUUCUUGGAUCAGAAGCAACCCAAGACCCAACCCGGCUAGAAAUGGAGGUAAGAAGUGCUGCAGCUGAGCGUGAGCAAGCCCAUGUUGACAGAAACAUUGCACGGAAGCUAACACCAGCGGAAAGGCGUGAAAAGAAAGAAAGGAAACUUUUUGAUGACAAUAACACUCUUGAGACAAUAGUUUCUGUGUACAAAGUUAACGACCUUUCUCACCCUCAGACAAGGUUUAAAGUUGAUGUUAAUGCUCAAGAAAACAGGCUUUCGGGAUGCGCAGUUAUUUCAGAGGGUAUCUGUGUUGUGGUGGUGGAAGGCGGUACUAAAUCUAUAAAACGGUAUCAGAAGCUGAUGCUGAAACGUAUAAACUGGGCUGCUGCCGUGAAAGAUGAAGACGAAGAUGAAGUUGAUGAUGAGAAACCAAAGAACAAAUGUGUGUUGGUGUGGCAAGGUAGUGUUGCUAAGCCUAGUUUCCAUAGGUUUUUGGUGCAUGAGUGCAGGACUGAGAAUGCUGCACGUAAGAUUUUUUCUGAUGCUGGAGUUGGUCAUUACUGGGAUUUGUCAGUUAACUUCUCAGAUGAGGUGUGAUUCAGAGUUUGUGUCAGGUCAGGCCUACCACUGCAAAGCGGGUAUGGAUUCUUUUACAUCUGUUUAGCGAGAGUACCUGAUUAGUGAAGCUAUAUAAUGAAAUGCUGUUGUUGAAGGUCCAAAACUAGAAGAGAUGAUACAUGCUAGAAUCUUGAGGCAGUUUUCUACCAAUGUUGAAUAAUAGACUUCAUUUUGUUAUUGUUGUUUAUGCCAUAUUAGUUAUUAUCAAUGCAUAACUCAUUUCUACCA